AUGUUUAACGCAGCGUCGGAGCUUUCGUCACACGUGUCAUCACGAGAUUAUUCAGAAAAAAAUUACGCGUCCUCUCUCUUCAUUUCUCUGUUUCCCUUCUCUCUCUUGCAAACUUUCUCCGAUGGCAAUUCAAGUUUUGAUGAACUAGGAUCGGUGGUUCUGUUUACGACAAUUCAAGGCGCUGUGAGGAGGAACAUGGUGGAGAGUCUUGUGGUUCCUACUUUUAAAGUGGGAUACACAAUCAACACAGAUGCUUUUGAUGCUCUUUACAAGAAGGUUGACAUUUAUUCAUUGUCUAGAAAAUGGAAAGAAUUGGUUGACAAGGCAAAAACCUGA